GGAGCUUUCAUACUUCCCUCACUGAAAUGUACCAUCGACAAUGCGGUUUUUGAUAAAUCUAGAAGCUUUGAUUCUCAUCCAUGAACAAAUUUCCUGUAAUUCCUUGUUCGUUUCGGUUAUUGUCGAUCGGUUCUUAUGUUGAACUCAUCGAAAACAAAGGUCGUGAUCGACUGCUUUCUGGAGGAAGAGUGCUUCAUGCUCAUCUGGUGACAUCUGGGAUUGUUCGGUGGACGAGAAUUGCAGCUAAGCUUGUAACUUUUUAUGUUGAAUGUGGGAAAGUAGCAGAUGCUCGGAAGGUGUUUGAUGGAAUGCCCAAGAGAGACAUUAGUGGAUGUGUUGUCAUGAUUGGGGCUUGUGCUCGUAAUGGCUAUUAUCAGGAGUCUUUGGAUUUGUUUAAAGAAAUGAAUAACGAAGGUUUAAAACUUGAUGCAUUCAUCGUUCCUAGCCUUCUUAAAGCCAGUCGCAAUCUGCUUUAUCACGAAUUUGGGAAGAUGGUACAUUGUCGUGUGCUGAAGUGUUCGUUUGAGUCUGAUGCUUUUAUUGUUAGUUCUCUUAUUGAUAUGUACUCAAAUUUUGGGGAGCUAGGGAAUGCCAAGAAGGUGUUUGAUGAUUUGGGUGAACAUGAUUUGGUCGUGUUCAAUGCUAUGAUCUCCGGUUAUGCUAACAAUCGCCAAUCAGAUGAAGCAUUAAGCUUGAUCAAAGAUAUGAAACUACUGGGAAUAAAACCUGAUAUUAUCACUUGGAAUGCUCUACUUUCAGGAUUCGCACAUACGGGAAAUGAAGAACAAGUAUCUGAGAUUCUUGAGAUGAUGUGUUUGGAAGGUCACAAGCCCGACGUUGUGUCAUGGACUUCUAUUAUAUCAGGCCUUGUACAUAAUUUUCAAAACGGGAAAGCUUUUGAUGCUUUUAAACAGAUGUUAACUCAUGGGUUGUAUCCAAAUUCAGCUACGAUCACCACGCUUUUGCCUGCUUGUACUACACUUGCAAAUGUGAAGCACGGGAAGGAGAUUCAUGGCUACUCGGUAGUCACUGGACUAGAAGAUCACGGUUUCGUUAGAAGUGCUUUGCUCGAUAUGUAUGGGAAAUGUGGAUUCAUAUCAGAAGCAAUGAUUUUGUUUCGCAAGACGCCAAAGAAGACAACAGUUACUUUCAACUCGAUGAUGUUCUGUUACGCAAAUCACGGGCUUUCAGACAAAGCAGUUGAGCUAUUUAAUCAGAUGGAAGACACGGGAGAGAAACUAGACCACUUAACAUUCACGGCCAUCCUCACAGCCUGCAGCCACGCGGGUUUAACUGAUCUUGGGCAAAAACUGUUCCAUUCGAUGCAAAGUAAGUACAGAAUCAACCCGAGAUUGGAGCAUUAUGCUUGUAUGGUGGAUCUUAUCGGCCGAGCAGGGAAGCUUGUUGAGGCCUAUGAGAUGAUCAAGGCUAUGCAAAUGGAGCCGGAUUUGUUUGUGUGGGGGGCUUUGCUAGGUGCAUGUAGAAAUCACGGGAACGUGGAGCUUGCAAGGAUUGCAGCAAAGCACUUAGCAGAACUCGAACCUGAGAACUCAGGGAAUGGUUUGCUUCUGUCAAGUUUGUAUGCCAAUGCUGGUAGUUGGGAAAGUGUUGUAGGAAUGAAGAAAAUGAUUAAGAAGAAGAAGUUUAGAAGGUUUCUAGCGAGCAGCUGGGUAGAAACUGUUUGAUCCUAAUGCUCGUUCGGUUAUAUCAUCAAACUGAGACGUGUGUUAAGCAUAAUGGUGCCUCCAGAGAUGAUCUACAAUUAUGGUGGGAGACGUGGUUUUGCAAUGUGGAAGGUAACAAAGACUAAGGAGAAUCAUGAGUGGGAUAAUGAGGCAAUAGAUGAAUGGUACAAAGGGGAAUCACCCGCAACCCCGAAUGGUUAUCUUAUGAUAAUGAUCGGAAAGAAUGCUAUAUGGUGGAAGAAUCGGAGUUGUGGGACAUGGAGGAUGAGUGGCUGCAUCUCUUUGCUGAGUUUUCAUUUUACAUGAAAUGGGAUGGAUUGUUUACACCGAGCAAUAUUGCAGAAUGUCUCCCAUUGAAGACAAAAACUGGUUUCGGAAACUUGAGAAGAAGAUGGAACAGAACCCGCAUGCCACGUGAGAAGCUCAAGGCAGCAAAUGUAAUCUUUUACAUAAGUGUUGAAUGUGGAGAUGAUGUGGUAACAGGUGAGGUUGCUGAUUAUAAAGUGGUUAUACGAACGGCUAUUGAUGGAAAACCAGGACACAUACGCCUAGAGGUUAGGUGCUUGGAGCAUCUAAUUUUAAUCAUGAGGUUUGUGUCAAUAAAACGAUUUUAGCCAGUUAUCUUUUAUUUAUUUCUUAGUAUAUCUUGAAAGGAAAGGAUAAGAUUACUAAUCAGAUAAAGACAAAAUGAAAGACUGAGAUCUUUUGCUGAUUCUGAAUCUGAAUUUUUCUGUUUUU